AGAACAAAGCUUGUCCUGCAUUUCUGUGGAUUCAUGGUAAAGUUAUCAAACCAUGAGGCAUUUCUUACAGAGAGUCCUUCAAAGUAGAACAAUCUGCUGGAACAGAAUUUUAAACCCAAAGACGUAUACACAAGGAGUCAGAGCAUAUUGUAAAUUGGAGCAGUGCUGCUACCCUGUAAGCCUUCAUUGCCUGAACAAUGGAAGUUUUCGUAGUGAAUCUCUUGCAUCAUCUCUACACAGUCCUGAGUCAAUGAACUCAGCACUAAGAACUUACUGUACAAAUAUAACAAGGCAUGACUUAAGGAGUGAGGAUGGAGGAUGGUCAAAGGAUACUUUGGACAACAUUUCUAUCUUGGAGGCAGUUUCCUACUGGACCAGGAAGUUUGAAACAGCAGGGGUACCUGAACCUGGUGCAUCAGCAGAGUACAUAACAGGACAUGUGCUGGGGUUUAAAUCAUUCAGCCUCAUCAGCCCACUUGCACAGAGCGUGACAGCAGAGGAGAGGACCAAAGUCUGGGACCUGUGUGAGAAAAGGAUGAAUCGUGUGCCCAUACAGUACAUCCUUGGUGAGUGGGACUUCAGGGAUCUGAACCUCGUCAUGAGACCUCCAGUCUUCAUCCCCAGGCCUGAAACAGAGGAGCUUGUGGAGCACCUGUGGUUGUACCUGCAGGAGGACCUGACCAGGGAGGAUGAGGAGCUGGAUAUCCUGGAGGUUGGCUGUGGGAGUGGGGCCAUCUCCCUGUCUCUGCUGCACGAGUUUCCACAGGCACAUUGCACUGCUGUUGAUGUGACAAAAGAAGCUGUGGAACUUACUCAGCAUAAUGCGGAAAGGUUGGGACUUUGUGACAGGCUUAAUGUGAAACAAAUGCAGUUCAACACCUCAGCUGACUUUGAGACUAAGUUUGAUGUGAUAGUCAGCAACCCUCCCUACAUCUGGACACAAGAUAUGGGAACUUUGGAACAGGAAAUAGUCGGGUAUGAGAAUCACUGUGCACUCCACGGUGGUACAGAUGGAAUGGGGCUGAUAAGGGACAUUAUACACACAGGACACAGGCUACUCAAGCCUGGGGGAUCCAUUUGGCUGGAGGUUGAUCCUCGCCAUCCAGACAUGAUACAAACCUACCUCAACAACCACCUGCAGUACCAGCUACAUCUGGCAGGAGUCUACCAGGACUUUAAUGAGAGACCAAGAUUCUGCUGCCUGGAGCUAAGAGAGUAGUUGGCAGAUCUACAGGCCAAAUAUAGACCUAUAGUAUAUGAUAUCAAAAGAUUUUAGGACACAGUGAAAAGUAUAGACAUGCAUAGGAGCAAUAUUCUAAUUUGUGUUUGAAUGAUAUGUGAAGGCUAAUGUAUAAUAUAUAUAUAUUAACAAUAAGUCCUGAGACCCAUGUAGAUAAGAAGGCAAUCCCAUUUGUACAUCUCAUGGUAGUUAUUGGUUGAUAAAAAAACACAUUGAAACAUUUGACUACAAAGUUAUCAAAUGCUGAUUACCAGAAAGGUUACAUUAAGACACUUCACCUCAUGUUUUUCUCAGAAAAAAAUUAUCAUGAAGCUAACAUGUUGUGCCUCUGAUCCCCAAAACUGUAGUGUACAAUAUAUAAUCAUGUCUAUGGCAUUAAGUAUGUGCCACAGUUCCGUUUGUGAAUUAUCUGCUUAUCACACAACUAAGGCCAACAAGUAGUUGAUUUUCAGCUGCAAUAUGUACUUGACUGAUCUUACAUGUAUCUUCAGGACAUAAGGCACAAGGUUGGUCUAGAUGCCAUAGUCUGUCCUGGUCCAAUUUUGUCAAUUGACUAUGUGUUGCUACAUGUUCAAGUUGAACACUAGUUAUCUGAACAAAAAGAAUUAAAUCUAAGACCUUAGCCCCUUGGCUUUCAUAGAAGAAACUUGUACACAUCUUCACCUAUGCUAACUUCAUGCAUACUAUGAAUCAGGUUUCCUACUGUAGCCUUUCUUCCCUGUCUUUCUUUCCAUUUACACAGCAUGUCAAAUAUCUGUGCAUGAACAUUAUUUUUAUUGUCCUCUUUGAAUUUGUAGAGUUCUGACUUUUUGAAGUCUAGUUCUAUGGCCAGUUUUUCCCACUCUGAACCAAGUUUGUCAGCUAACUUGUUCAGUUCCUUCUCUGUCAAGGUCUCCUUCCCCCUUGCAGAGUCCUGUAGGUUCAUCCUGGCAAACUUGUCCUCUAACACAUCCUCUGUAAAAACAGGAGACAUGUGGUUUACACAUUGUAUAAGUACUGUGAACAGUGGACAUUUGGUUAAUGUCCUAUUCUAAAGACUGCAGCUCUUUUGAGUUGUGUGCAUGUUGGGGAUUGACAAAAGCUGGGAUUAAAAGUCAUGACAUGUGUCCAAAGGGAGGGUCAUUAAGCACUGGACAACACACUCUACAAAUUUCAACCACAUAGCAAUGCACACAUUAACAGCAAUACCAACUAAAAGUAGAUAACACUAUUUAAGGAAAAGUGUUGGGGACUUGCACUAGAAAUAGCAUGGAUGUUUCCACUAGACAUUUGUAUCUGCUCUCUGAAUAUACUUGAACUAUUUAAGGUGACUUCUUGGUACAUUGUUGUGCAGGUAUCCAUGAUUUUGUCAUCAAGACCCCUGGUACAUGUAUUACUUCAUCCAUGUCAUCUAAGUUUCUAACUGUGGAACAGUGAAUAGAAAUACC